AAAACAUGAAGGUCCUAAACAAAGACGAGCUACAGAUCGCUGAAGGAGUUCUGCAAAAACACUUCCCAAAGAGUUUAAAGGUAUACGGUUUCAUAUACGGUAUUAACAGGAACAAACCAAGCACACUGGAGGUAAUCGUCGAUACGUGGCCCGAUUUUAAGGUUAUCAUUUGUCGACCUGACGCCAAGAAUAAGCGCGCCCUGGUUUUCAUGAAAAAGGUGACCUACUACAGCAUGGAUAACCGAAUUUUAAGGAAAAUGCUGACGGAAGAGAACGCAAUUGAUUGGAGCACUUAUUUUAUCAUUGGUGGAUUUGACAUUUCCCAUGCAUCCAUGCUCAAAGAAGUGUCUUCUGACAGAGAAGUCAAUAACCGUUGGUAUACUUCGGUGCAUCUUCUGUAUUUGCCGGACAGCAGUUGUCUGACCUCACCAGCAGCUGACAGUGAGCUUGAAUCAAGGAUUUCAUCUCUUAACCUUUCCCACGUUGACUUGGUGAAUAAAACCUGGAAGUUCGGAGGGAACAAGCAGGGUUACAUGAACAUUAAAAACCUCAUCAGCAACUUCCCAUCAUGCUGCAUCACUGACGGACAGGGUCAGCCCGUGUCCUGGAUUCUGGUGUAUGAUUACUGUGCGAUGGGCUUAUUGUACACUCUGCCAGAGCACAGAGGGAGAGGUUACGCCAAAGUCCUGGUCAGCACCAUGGCAAGGAGACUCCACACUGAGGGCUACCCAGUGUACUGCUAUGUAGAGGAGGACAACAUGGUCUCCUACAAGCUCUUUAAAAACCUUGGCUUCACUGAGGAUUCCUCAUUCAGGGCAGCAUGGUUUGAGUUCAACUGUUGAUUUUGUCACGAUUGUGAUUAAAUGUACAGCUGAAAUGUUAUCAGGUAAACAUAAUGUUUUAUUGAAUGAAAAUGUGAUUCAAAUGUUAUGUUUACACAUUAUAUAUACUCUUCAAAGUAUUCAAUCAAAACCUGGACUGUUAUAAUGGUGAUGUAAGUGAUAGAGGAAUUAACUGACACAAAUAGUACAAUAAUAAUGUCACCUUUUAAUAAUGGGUUCAGGUGUUUGAAGGAAAUCUUCAAUGUAAAUUGAGCUCCUGAUUGAUUCUGUGGUCUCUGUUAGCAUGAUGAUAUGAAGUAUUUGACAUGUGGACAAGUGUUAGCCUAUAAUAUACUGCGAAACAGUGGUGGAAAAUAACAUUUACUCAAGUAUUAUAUUCAUUUUGAAGGAACUUGUACUUUGCUUUCCAAGUUAUGCUACUUUAUACUUGUACUCCACUAUAUUUUGGGGCCAAAUAUUAAAUAUAUAUUUUUUGAUAUACUUUUUACUACAUUCAUUUGAUAGCUCUAGUUACUUUGUAUAAUAAACAAAUAAAUCAAUAAA